AAACUGAGAGAGGAAAAGAUGAGGCAACAAGUGAGAGAGAACAGUCUUGAACUUCGAGAGUUAGAAAAAAAGCUAAAAUCUGCUUACGUGAAUAAAGAGCGAGCUGCACAGAUUGCUGAAAAAGAAGCUAUAAAGUAUGAGAAAAUGAAACAUGAGGCUGAAAUAGCCCAAAAGAUGAAAGAAGAGUACGAAAGGGUAAUAAAAGAAGAAAGUUCUGCAGAACUGAGGCGAAACAAGGAGAAAAUAAUGUAUCAGCAAGAACUGGAGAAACAGCUUGAGGAACAAGACAUGAAGAAGCAGGAUGCUUAUAAAGAGUUUCUGAGAGAGAAACUCAUGACUGAUGAAAUCGUAAGAAAGAUCUACGAGGAAGACAAAAUGGAAAAACAACUGAAGUUAGAUAAAAUGAGAGCAACUCAGGCAUAUAUUGAAGAAUUUAAAAAAGAACAAGCUAUCUGGAGGAGAAGGAAACAGGAAGAGAUGGAAGAAGAAAAUAGGAAAAUCAUGGAGUUUGCCAAUAUUCAGCGACAAAGAGAAGAAGAUCAGAUGGCUAAAGUUCGAGACACUGAGGAGAAAAAACAAAGACUUCAAAGCAUGAUUGCCCAAAAUCUGGAAAGAGAACAACAGAAGCGUGAAGAACUGGAACAAAUCCGCCAAGAGCUGUAUCUGGAAGAACAAGCGGAGACAGAAAGGAAGAAGGAGAUGGCAGAAAUUGAAAAGAGAAUAAAGCAACGCCUAGAUUUAAGGCAAACGUACGAAGAGCAAUUUGCUUUAAAGAAGGUAGCGCAACAAGCUCUGCAAGAAGAGGAAGAAGCCUUCAGACAACAGAUGUUGGCCAAGUUUGCAGAGGAUGAUCGCGUUGAACAGAUGAAUGCUCAGAAACGAAGAAUGAAACAGCUUGAACACAAAAGGGCUGUGGAAAAACUUAUUGAAGACCGUCGCAAACAGUUUAUUGCAGAUAAAGAGCGUGAACUUGAAGAAAGACAGUUAGAAAAGAGAAGACAAGAAAACAUCCGUGCAAUUGUUGAAGAAGAGAGGCAGAAACUCCUGAAAGACCAUGCAUCUAAGUUACUGGGUUAUCUUCCUCGAGGAAUACUCAAAGACAAAGAUGACAUUAACAUGCUUGGAGAGGAGUUUAGAUUGGCUUAUCAGAAGAGAAGAGGUAAUCCAUUCUCAGAAGAGAGCUGAAACUUCCCCCGUCUCAUCUCAUGGUUUGCCACUAGGUGUCAUCUGAUUUCUAAUGAAAAUUCCCAUUUGCUGUUAAGUGAGGAACUCCUUUUUACCAUCAUAAAAAGUCUCCAUUUUAAGACCAGAGUUCUAAACUGAUGAGCAGCUAGUUUUAUUUAAGCGUAUGUUGUACGUGGCAUUUUUCAUCAAUAAACUG